AUGGAAACCCUCCACAAGACGAUUUAUGAAGCUGCAAAAGCAUCAGGUAUGCUCAUUUCUCCGAGAAACACUUCCACCUUCCAUCCAAAACAACCGUGGUUCGAUCAGGAAUGCUUAGGUGCGAAGAAAUUAGCAGAAUCCUCACUUCGUACCUGCCGGAAUGCCCAGUUUUUACCUCCAGCUGUUGACUCCUACCGCAGUGUCAAGAAAACAUACUUUGACCUCAUUGACGACAAGAGGCAGGCGUAUUUCAACGACAUCAGAGAGAGGAUCGCCAAUACUAAAGCACAGUCCGACUUCUGGAGAGCAUUCCGGUCCUGUACAGUUCGAUCUCCAUGCCCAGAGCUCGAUGUAGAGGUCUGUGGCUCUGCUGAACAGCGUCUUGAUGGUCCAAUUUCACUGGGUGAGAUUGAGUCGGUCCUGGUAGCUGCGAAGUGCGGAAAGGCUGCGGGCUCUGACAGCAUCCCUGCAGAAUUUUACAAAGCCCUCCCGCCUGCCGGUAUACUGUAUCUCCUCAACCUCUUCCACAAGAUCCUUUCCGAGGGCGUGGUUCCAGAUUCUUGGCAUGAAAUUAUCCUGACCAUGAUCUUCAAGAAGAGUGACAAGACCAAGCCAGAGAAAUACAGAGGGAUCGCGCUGGUCAACGUCGUCGCAAAAAUCUUCACCAAGAUCCUCUGCUCCAGGCUCGACAAAUGGGCGGAGGAGACGAACAUCUUCCCGGAAGCUCAAGCUGGAUUCCGCAAAGAUGCUCUACGCUAG